AUGGCCAAAGUCAACGCCCGUCGGGAUGACGGCUACGAUGGCGGCAGCGUCACGGAACCGAACGCGUAUCGCUACAGCGCUGUGAACGCGGAUGCGUACAAGCAAGCUCCCAAGCAGCCGAGCCAUCCUGCACUGCAGUACGUGUUGGACAUCACCAACGAGCGUAUCACGUACAAUAAAAGCGUGAGUAACUCAACGGACAGCUUCGAGAGCCUCGCCGUCACCAAGCACACUAAGCGGCUUACCGAAACUGACUGCUGCUACCAGAUGACAAACUCGGACCCGUGGCUACCACUCCUGGCUCUAUGCAAGCGCCCCAAGCCUGUCGACUUCCUGAACGUCAUUCAUGAAGACUGCCAGGCUACCAUGCUGAGCUGGGAUGAGCCCGGUGGCGGGGAUGUGUUUCGCGUGCUUGGAAGCCAAGGAGACCAGCUUGUGCGCGUGCUUCGGCUGGGCGAGACGGAACUCCCUUGGCAUACAUCCCGCCUGAGAGUUGCCAGAGAACUAAGCAAUCUCAAGGACAGCGUGGACAACCGGACGUCCGCAUUUUUUAUGGACGCGAGAACCAGUCUCGUUAGGGACGUAUAUCCGAGACUGUUAACAAGUGCGAAAGAGCAGCAAGACGAUCAAUUUCUCCUGUGGUCGGCUUCCACAACUCCAGAGGAACAGCAACCGGUAGCCGACUACUUGGUGACAGAGAUGCAGCCUGGCUGGAGGCCCCUGCCGAAUUACAAGCUGAACAAUCCAAACCAAGCGCUAAGCGUGCUCGGUCAGGCGUGCUGGGCACUGGCAGUGGCCGAAGCCGAACUGGAACUGGAACAUCGCCUCCCGGGAGUCGGCGCCGUUCUGGUACGCCCUACGCGGUCACCCCGGGUCGAGUUUACGCUGCGUGGCCACAUCGUUCGGAUUCCCAGCGCGGGUAUCAAAGUGCGCCUGCAGGGACUACAGCUGGCCAGAUUGCGCAUAGGAACAAAGGUUGAGUUUACGGAUGUCACGCGUUUCCACGAGUUUGUGAGAGCCGAAGAUGAGGUCGCCGUGUGUGCCAGGAUCGCCGACCUGCUGAGCAAGAGGCCCACCAAGUUCGAGCCACUGACGAACGUGCUCUGGCUCCAGCAUCUAGCAGACUGGCUGGCAUUGCAAUACGCCGAAGCUUCGUCCGUGCUUUCGCAUUGGCAAGGCGUGCUGGCCGCGUCCUGCUCGGCCGAGCAUGCCACGGUGGGCAGCAGGCAUAUUUGCAAGCCUCCAGGAACGUCGUCAACUCAGGCACCAAAGCCAAAUAGUGAAAUCUACCACUAG